CAACCAGAACAAGGACAACAGCAACAGGGACCAGUCAACCCAUGGCGUGGUCCAGAUAUCGGAUACUAGGGCUGCCAAGAAGAUCCUACGGGGAGGGGUCAGCACCCACUGAUAACGGAAGAUGCUGACACAGAACCGAUGCUGCAGGUCAAUAUUGAAGGCAAGAACACACCAAUGAUGAUAGACACUGGAGCAACUUAUACCUGUAUAAGUUCAAGUCAUGCCUCACACCUCCCCAUGUCUGGCAAGUUCACAAAGACAGUAGGAUUUUCCGGGCAAACGCAGCUAAUUCCAAUAACGGCUCCAGUGCGUCUGAGGACAAAGGACAAAGAAGUAACUCUGCCUAUUUUAGUAUCAGAGCAGACCCCUGUUAAUCUGCUAGGGAGGGACGCCCUAUGUAAACUAAAGCUACAAAUAUCAUGUUCCCCUGAAGGUAUUUACAUAAGCAGCAAGGGAGUUAGGCAAAUGGUAGUCACAGCCCCCCAGGCCAAUGCCUACUGGAUAGGAGAUUUAGAGGAAGAGGUAGGAAAGACAGUGCAAAAAUGGGAAAAGUUUGUUAAACAACAACUAAGAGAUCCUAAGCUACCUGAAUUAGAAUUCCACUGUACCAUGAUAUAUGACCCACUGAGAAGAGUAGACAUAGAGAAAAAGUGGUUGCAAGAAACAAAAGACAAGAAAGUUCCCCUCAUUUCACAGCACAUAAUUGUAGGACCACAAGGAGCGGCAUUACAAGUUGACAGGAAUGAUUUUAUUAAAGAAUGGUUCCAGAUCCCAAAUUCAGUCCCCCAUAUAACAUUAUAUUUAGAGCAGGGAAGUGAGAACAAAGAAAUAGGCCCAAUGAUGAAGAAAGCCAAGGGAAUACAAUGGAAAAGCACAGACAACCCCUUAAUUUUUAUUUCAGCAGAUAAACAUUUCAUGAAAAUUGCAUGUGCAACAAUUAUGCAGGGAACUCCUAGAGAGGUGGAAGUCAAUAAUCAGAGAAACAUGAGUUCGGAAAUCAUCCUAAAAAAAGAGAUGAAACAAACGGAGCUAAUUGAAGAAAUGGAGCAAUUAGUUCCGGAAAAAUUGUGGUCAAAACAUGACACAGAUGUUGGGCUGAUAAAAUCUGCUAGCCCUAUAGUCAUUAAGACAAAAUCAGGGGCUAAGUUGCCACACAAGUACCAAUAUCCCUUAAAACCUGAGGCAAUAAAAGGCAUCAGAGGUACUAUAGAAGGACUAACCACAGCAGGAGUGCUGUUUGAGACAUCCAGUCCUUGUAACACCCCUAUAUUGCCAGUUACCAAAGCGGAUAAAGCAAAAUGGCGCUUGGUGCAUGAUUUAAGGGCAGUCAAUGACAUAGUAGAAGAUUGGCCAGCAGAAGUUCCGAAUCCUCACACCCUGCUUACAAAUGUGCCGCCUGAUGCUAAGUAUUUUACAGUGAUUGAUCUGUGCUCUGCCUUUUUCAGCAUUCCAUUGGCAGAGAGCAGCAGGCAUUUGUUUGCCUUUACUUAUGAGGGGAAGCAAAUAUCCUAUACAAGGGUCCCUCAAGGGUUCCGCCAUAGCCCUCACAUAUUUAAUCAGCUGUUAAAAGCUGAUCUGGAAGAUCUAGUACUGGACAGUACACUUCUCCAGUAUGUGGAUGACUUGUUGAUCUGUGCCCCUACACUUGAGCAAUGCCACAGAGAUUCCAUUAAGGUUCUGACUAAAUUGGCAGAAGGAGGACAUAAAGCCUCCAAGACAAAGCUGCAGUAUUGUCUUCCCCAGGUAGAAUACUUGGGAAGAAUAAUUGCAUAUAAAACCAAAGCAAUAUCACAAAGUCAAUUGGAAGGAAUUAGCAAAGUGCCGCUUCCACAGACUGUUGGUCAUAUGAUGACAUUCCUGGGCAUGACUGGAUUCAGCUCAGAUUGGAUAGAGGAUUAUGCAAUCAAAACUGCCCCAUUAAGAGCCUUAAUGAAACAGGCAGGGCAGCAAAAUCUGAGAACCACACUAACAUGGAAUAAUGAUGCGAAAAUAGCAUUUGAAUCCAUUAAAAGAGAACUGCAAAGUGCUCCAGCUCUCACAAGUCCUGACUAUACAAAACCCUUUCACCUCUAUGUAGCUAACAGAAAAGAGGGAUAUGCCUCUGCAGUAUUGAUGCAGGAGACUUGUAAGGGGAGGGGAAAACAGCCCAUUGCCUUUUAUAGUACAAAGUUGGACAGUGUAGCACAGGGGUAUCCUCCUUGUUAUCAAGGACUUGCAGCUGUAUAUUAUGCUUAUGAGAAGGCUUCUACUUUGACCAUGGGAUACCCUGUGAUAAUAUAUGCACAUCACAAGGUGGUUGAAAUGUUGGAACAAGGUAGAUUUGUUUUAACACAGGCCAGAACCCUGGCAUAUUCAGCUCUUUUGACAUAUCCUGAUGUAACAUUAAAAUAUUGUGCUACUGUAAACCCAGCAAAUUACAUACCUCUGGAUAAUGAAGGCACGCCACAUGAUUGUGUGUCUGAAUCGUUGGCGUUUACCCGUCUUAGACCAGAUUUAGAGUCUACGCCCAUACUAAAUGCGGCGGCUGAUUACUUUGUAGAUGGCUCCUGCUUCAGAGACCAUUUAGGAAAUCAUGCUGGUUUUGCUGUGGUCAAACGAGAAGGAAAUGAAUUUCUUCCUGUAAUUUCUCAGCAGUGUGAACAGCCAUGUUCAGCACAACUGGCUGAGUUGAAAGCCUUGACCACAGCUUGCCAGCUAGCAAAGGGGCAAGUUGUAAAUAUUUAUACAGACUCUGCAUAUGCUCAUGGAGUUUGUCAUCUUUAUGGAGCAGUUUGGAAACAAAGAGGGUUCAGGAAAAGUGAUGGUUCCCCAAUACAGCAUGCUGAGCAGAUAGUACAGUUAAUUUCAGCUAUGAUGCAACCUAAACUCUUGGGUAUUAUUAAGUGCCAAGCUCACAAAAAGGGAAAUGACUUUGUAAUACAAGGAAAUAAUGCUGCCGACGCAGAGGCCAGAAAAGCCUCAGGGUGCCAAGUUGCUGUAAUGGCCCCCAUGGUGUUAAUACAACCCGAGCCCCGAAUUACAGACCUUGCUCGCAUACAAGAGCAGGCAAGUGCUGUUGAACAAUCAGUAUGGCAGCAAAGGGGGGCCACAAGAGAUGUAAAUGGAGUAUGGCGAUCUCAUGAAGGACUAAUCAUUGCACCACAUGUUCUAUUGACUGUGUUAAUUUCUGAGACACAUGGAUUUGAUCAUUGCGGUCGAAAUGAGAUACUGAGAAAAAUCAAGCAACAAGGAUAUUGGUCACCUUAUUUGCAAGCGACAGUGGAUGAUUUUCUAAUAGGGUGUGAUAUUUGUGCUCAGAACAAUGUGAGAAAAGGGACUUCAGCACCUAUAGGACACAUCCCUGUACCCGAGGGACCUUUUAAACACUUGGUAAUGGAUUAUGUCGACAUGAUCAAGUCAGUCAGAGGGAAGAGAUACAUGUUGGUGAUAAUAGAUAGAUUCAGCAGAUGGGUGGAAGCUGUGCCAUCAUCAGACCAGGGCUCUGGGACUGUGAUAAAGUUUUUGACGAGAGAAGUGAUUCCCAGGUUUGGAAUUCCCUCUGAGAUCAGUUCGGACAACGGCUCCUCAUUUAUUCAAAGAACUGUAAAAACUGUCUUGCAACAGUUGCGAAUAAAACAGCGGCUAGGGUGUGUCUACCAUCCCCAAUCUCAAGGAAUGGUUGAGAAGGCAAACGGAACCUUAAAAGCAAAGAUUAGCAAAAUCUGUGCAGACACCAAGUUGAACUGGGUAGAUGCCCUACCUCUGGCACUAAUGAACUAUCGCAUGCAAACUAACAGGACUACAAAUUUGACACCACAUGAGAUGCUCACGGGUAGGCCUAUGCCGGUGCCCUACUUAAGAGGCCCAUAUGAUGGACCGCCUUUGGAACAGCUGCAAGUUGAGUUAAGAACUUACAUGAGACAAUUAACUGCUAUACAUGAGGCUAUAUCUUCACAGGAGCAACGGCGAGGGCCUAGAGAGGACGAAGAAGCUCCAUGUGCAAUCGUACCAGGAGACAAAGUGUAUCUAAGAGUCUUCAGAAGAAAAUGGAAUGAGCCAAGACGAGAGGGGCCCUACACAGUCACAAGAGCAACACCAACGGCAGUACAAGUGGAGGGGAGUACUACCUGGUACCAUCUGAAUCACUGCACCAGAGUACCACAACUGCGACGGCGAGAUCCUGAGCAACCUGACGAGGAAGCCGAGGACCUAUCGGAGACUUCAGACGAAGGUCAGAGCCAAGAUGAUAGUCAGAGAACCCCUGAGGGGAUUCCAGAGUCCGCGCCAGAGACGCCGAGGGCAACUGAGGGACCGGAGCAGCUCCCACAGCACGAGCCAGAGCAGAGGACACAGCAGGAGGAGCCACACCAGGAGCCAGAGCCGGCACAGUCAGAGCACGCAUCACAGCCAGAGCAGGAGUCCGACGAGCCAAGACAGAGCACAGAACAGAGACACCCGGAGGAACAUGCUAUCAGGACUUUAUACGAUCCUGACAUACAUGGGGAACAUAGUGCAGCUCGAGAUAGCCGCCAUAGACCAGAACCAGACACCACCCCAACCGCAACAGGCGCCGGUGAACCACGGCCGGGCCCAGGUCGGGAGGGAGAUGCAGGACCUUAUGGUCACGGUACUACUCUUGAUGAGCUUGGUGCAGACCAUACCACAGACCGAGAGUUUGCCAGCCCAGAAUUAUCCGACGAACAACUACUGGCAGAAGAGUUCCCAACAAUUGACUUGUCAGCACUUGAAUGGACACCCUACGAGUUCAACAUGUGAUGAAGCGCCCCAGUAUGAGAGACUUUGGGACAUUGCUGUUCAAAAUGAAUGGUACAGGUGGGCACACUUCACAGUGGACCAGUCGUACAUGGAUAGUUGUGUGUUUUGCACCCCGUCACCAUUGAGCAAACUGUUCGUUGUACCAAACCCAUAUGAUUACAGACAUUGCGCUGGACAUUAUGCAGGGCACUGCAGUGCCAAGAGAAACACUGUUCCUUUUUGCCAUGCAGAAUGUUUAGCCCUGGCAGGCCGUGAAAAUAGGGAACGUUACUAUGCUCAUUCAUUAUGGGGAGAGGAGUGUAUGGAUAUUGAUGUGAGGAUCCCAACAAAUAUGAUUGAAGUUCCCGCAGUUUAUGAAAUAGAUUAUACAUUGCAGUACGAAUGUUACAAUAGCACAAAUGAAAAAGAGGGCAAUAAUGUGGGAAUUUUUGAAGGGAAUUGUAUAACUAUUUGGCAUUUAGAUAAGACUAUGAGAGGGCAGCAGGGGAUAAUAAGACAAUGGAAUAAUAAAUUUGCUUCCGCUACAAUUUCAGAUAAUUUCACAGUGAUAGGAUGGGAAAAUUGCCCAAAAAUGACAAUAGGAUGGCCCUUGAUUGAAUCGUAUGAAAAUCAGGCUAAUGCUAUAGCUGAUUACUUUUGGGUUUGUGGUGGAGGCAAACUAAGACCAACACUACCAAAACACUGGAGAGGUUUAUGUGCAAGAGUAAAGCUAAUACAAGAUGCCACUAUGAUCACAUGGGAUCCGAAUGAGAAUGUUAAAAGUGAGCCAAAACAGAAAAUAGUGAAAAGGGCCUAUCAGAGUGACCCAAAUGUUUACAUAGAUGCCAUUGGUCAACCUAGAAAUAUCCCACACCAGUUUAAAGCAAGAGAUGAAGUUAAAUCUGGAUUUGAGUCUAUUUUUGUAUGGAUUACCCCAAAUAAGAACACAGAAUGGAUAAAUUAUCUGUAUUACAAUCAACAAAGGUUUAUUAACUACACAAAUGAUGCACUUAAAGCUCUUGGAGAACAACUAGCCCCAACAAGUAAAAUGGCAUGGCAGAAUAGACAAGCUCUGAAUUGGUUAUUAGCUGAAAAAGGAGGAGUCUGUGUAAUGUUUGGAGAAGAUUGCUGUACUUACAUUCCUAAUAACACUGCCCCUGAUGGAUCUUUUACUCAUGCUAUGGAGAAGUUGAAAAACCUUAGAGAUGAAAUAACGGCUAAUGCAGGAAGAGAUGUGGCAUUUGGGACAUGGUUUGAGACAAUGUUUGGGUCCUGGGGAAAAUGGCUGACCAAAGUAGGAAUAACGAUUGCUGUUGUAUUAAUGAUCUUUGCAAUAUUGUUCUGUUGUGUUCUCCCCACACUAAGAUCGUUGUUGGUUAAGGCCACAGCUAGACAAAUGUUACUGCAUACAGAGAUAAAUGUGCAACAUGACUCUGAAGCAUUUAUGUUAACCAUGAUUACAGCAAUGGACAAAUGUGAAGAAUCUGAGACCCCUUAGCUUGUUAAACAACCAAACCAGAAAAAGGGUGCCACUUUUAUUUUGCUAUUAUGACUCUGUUUGUAUAUAAGAAAGGGAGAAAGUCUAGAAUUGUAUUUCCUUUUGGGGCGUGUAGCGUAGUUAUAUUAUUUUAGAUAUAAAUAGGUAGGAAGAUAGCUGAUGUUUUGUUUGUUGUUUUUGGCAAAAAACCCUUUCCCCUUGUUUUUGUUUGCCCAUGACAGAUCCCAAAAUGACAAUAAGAGGGACAUGCAUUAUGUGUUUCUUUCUUUCUUUUUCUCUUUCUGCUACUAUUAUCACAAUAUAGAGGCCAAGGCUGGGUGUGUUCCUGGGAGAGAGUUGCAGGGGAUCAUCAAACUGACGUCAGCAGCGAGGUACAGAAGACGACAGGAAGUUAAGAUAGGAUGGAAGCGACGCCUUCCACUGCAGGAGGAAGAAUACGCAUGGGGAAGGCAACAACACUGGAGUGAGAGAGUGGUGCUACAUCCUUCACGACCGUGGUACCCCAGACUACACCUAGGACCAGCAGCACGACAAAUACUGGAACAAGAUCCAGCGGUUCUGGCCGUAGGACAUUCAGUCGCUGUUCAAGCCUAUUACGACAACCUGGCUGGAAUAACUAUUGUCUUUUUCUUUACACAACCUGGACAACGACCAGUUAUAAAUCGAGCGCAGAACAUUUUGACAACUACACGUCACAACUUACCUAUCACGGAGUGGGAAUACCAGUGUGCACAUUACCCAAGAAACUAGACCUAAGAAAGGAAUACAUGAUUGAUGUCAGCUGCCUUUAAGCAGUUUGCUGAGAAGUUCAGGCCAUAUCAUAUGAUCGAUUCUCCACACCGACAACCACCUGCGGACCGAAUAAGAAGGACAUCGCUCUAUUUUCCAUCAAGAAGUGAAUGUACUGAGAGACAGUGUUGUUAUGACUUGGUGAUCUCUGGUUAUGUGUCUGCAUUUUCAGGACAAAGACAACCACAGUCACACAUAGACACUUUGAGAUUGUUACCGCGGGAUGAUGCUAUACUGGCAGUAGGAUUUACUUCAACACAAGAGGAUACAUGGACUGAAAGAAAACCUAGUUGGACUUUGACUGUGUACACCCAAUAUUUGCUUUGGCCCUCAAUUAACCUACAUACAGGGAUUUUGACAUUAAAACCACAUAAUUGUCAUACACGAUUCAAAGCGGGAUCCAGGUUAAAACCAGGUCAGUGGAUGAUCUUCAAUUAUCGUACCGAAGGAUACGAGGUGAAUUGAACCGUAGCAGCUAUCACAAUGGAAGGAAAGCGACACCCAUGGCAUCCCAGGGGGUUUCGAGGACUGUGCGGAGAGCGAGGCAUAGCUUCUAUGAUGUUCAUUUUAACAUGUGUAAUAAUAAUACCAAUUAUUAUGAGAAACGGCAUGAAUAUGGAUCCAAAUGACAUGGACGUCUUGAACACUACCUUGGGACGGGUGGACUGUGGAGUAAAUGGUACAUCAUCUGAACAUUUCUUCGGCGAUCUACUGGUUCCAGAGUCUGAGUCAAAGCAUCAAAAGAAAAGACGAAGUGUCAACAGCAAGAUGAGACAGCCUUCCGACGCAUGGAUGGAACACCCCAAUCCCCCUCAUCAUUAUGCUACUAACAUGUGGUGGAGGUUGACGAAUCAUACCGUAAGAAUGAAUGCUGCCGGACACUGUUAUGUUUGUGCUCACUUUCCUCACAGCACCACCGGAGGGGAUUGGUGGCCACAUCAGAAUCCCAACAACACAUUUGAAGCAGCCAAGGCUGCAGUAGCAGCUGCUGGACGAAAGAAAGGCCUUGACGCUAAAUUACGAGAAGAAAUAGGACUAAAGUUACCCCAAAUUGAUGAGAAUAUGAUGCACGACACUUGGAUUCCACACCCUCUUCCUAAUAGACUUUUUGCUCAGAUAGCAACUGUUAAACAUGUCCCUAACUAUCUAGUCUGUUAUGAAAGAAAGUCAGGAAGUCAUGCUUUGGGGACGAUACCAGAGCAAAAAUGUUCAGACAUCUAUAAGCCUAUAAGCAAAUCGGUGAAACAAAGUUGUAUGGCCUGUCUUCGGUAUGCAGACGACUUAAAUCCCCCUGUUACAACUUUCACCGUUACUCAUAAAGUACCACAGCCACUUGUUACCUACCAAUAUCUUCUUACUUCCGAAAAAGGACGAGCAAAAUGUCCAUCAUGCUCAACUGUGCAUGUUCCUGAUCGCAAGGGAACUGGAGUCGUUGAAGGAUACUAUUGGCUCUGUGGCUAUCAAAUAUAUUUGUCACUACCAAAGAACUGGACAGGACUGUGUGCUUUGGUUCAGUUACAUGGAGGAGUUAUUAUCUUGCCUCAUCAAGCAAUGAACAGUCAACGGCGUGUGAGAAGAGGAUUGUUCAACUUCCUAACAGACAGCCCAGUGCCAAAAAAUCAUCACAUAUGGACAGUUGCAGAAAAGAUUGCGGUUGCAUUUGCUCCAGCAAUAGGAGUAGAAUCACUGAUGACUGGUUUGGAAAUCACUAGAUAUGAGUUUUCUUCAUUCAUCAACACAACAAAACUCAUGAUGAAAGGAAUCAAGGAAGAAUUACAAGGAUUACGUCUUACUGCUCUUCAGAAUCGUUUGGUAUUGGAUCAACUUACUGCAUCGCAAGGAGGUGUUUGUGCUAUGAUUGGAGAGACUUGUUGCACAUACAUACCAGACAACGAUGCAGAUGGACAUCUCAUCGAACAAGGAAUACAAAAUAUUUCAAUGCUUUCUGCCAUGAUGGCAAAGGAUGAAGUAGAUUCAGAUAAUUGGAUAUGGAACUGGCUUAACAACAUAUUUCCCAAUUUGCAUAAUAUAUUGAUGUUGAUAAUCUGCAUUGUGGCGCCAAUUCUGAUGUUACUGUGUCUUUGGCCUUGCAUAAUGCAGGCGGUAAGGAGGAUUGCUAGACCUGCUCCUCACCAUCAGAUGGUAGUAUACUCAGUCAGAGACGAUCAAUUUUUUGCAAUCUAAUACAGAGGGCAUUGUUAUUAAGUAAAUGGUAACAAGCAGGAGUUGUCCGUGUUACGAGAUAACCUAAUCGGUCAGAUGGAUUUCUAUUUUUAUAGCUUAUAAGCAUGUCCUUUUAAGGCAAUAACUAUUAUCAUUACUGUUGAUUAUUCUUGCUCACGCACACAUAUAUUCGUUUUGAAGCACACAUAUAUUCAUUUUGAAGUACACAUAUAUUCGUUUUGUAGAACACAUAUUUUAAGUAGAAAUUCCUCCUAUGUUAGUAAUAAUCAUGUGUGGGACUCUUACGGAGUCCCAAAGGGGGGAAUAUAUUGUGUAUAAUUCUGAUCAUAUUCUGUGUACUAUGGGGCUUUUUAUUUACCCCGAUUAUAAAGAAGUAUUCAUAGGAAUGUUUGUAACAAAGACGUGUUAGUAGAUCAGAAAUCACAUUAACUUAGAGAUGAGUAUUGGAGUAGAUCAGAGAGUAGAUCAGAAAUCACAUUAACUUAGAGAUGAGUAUUGGAACGAUAAGAUUGUUUGAAUGAUAUAAUCAAUACAUUUAUGCAUGAUUCUUGACUUUAUGAACUAUUUUAAUCAUUUUCAGUAAUACAAAAUCCAGGGAUGGUGUGAAGGCCAGACCCAAAUAAAUUAUAGCACAGCUCAUUUUUGAAAAGCCAGAUGGCACAACUUAUUUUUUAAAAAAUUAAGUCAAGGUUGAGAUUCCACUAUUAGACAUGAAACCUUGUUGCCUAAAGAUAAUGGUGGCAGACAAGGACAGUUAGGAUGAUAAAAAAUAAAGUUGAUAACGGGUAAUUACCUGAUUGGUUCACCUUUGAAAAGUUUCACUAUAAGUAGAGGCUGGAAAACACCAAGUUUUCAGAUGUUUUGGGGACUUGGAACAUCUCACUUUGUUUGACUUGUACAAAUAAAGUUGAAACUUUGACACCUGGA